AAUGGAUUGCAUUACCUCGUCGGACAUUUAUGUUUAAAUGAAGCAGAAUUUCCAACGAAAGCAAUAACAGAAUCGAGCCAGGCAACUAUAAAGGUGGAUCCGGCGACAUUGCCGACAUUCCGCACAUCCAGUCAAGUGUUCAAGAUUACGGACAAGGAUACAGUCAUCCUCCCAUGCGAAGUCUCCAAUCCUGGUCACUACGUGCUGGCAUGGAAGAGAGGCAUCGCCGUCCUAUCGGCUGGGAAUGUGAAGGUGUCCCCCGAUCCUAGGAUCAGUUUGGUGAACGGAUACAGUUUGGAGAUCAAGGAGGCCGGUCCCCAGGAUGCAGGCGACUACGUCUGCCAAAUUGGCACCCUCGAACCAAGAGAAAUCACGCACACGGUGGAAAUCUUAGUUCCUCCAAGAAUACACUAUGUAACUUCGAAUGGUCGUGUAGAGGUGAAAAAGGGUACGUCGGUUCGUUUGGAAUGCAAAGCGUCUGGUAAUCCUGUGCCCAAAAUCACUUGGUCCAGGAGGAAUAAUUUACUGCCGGGCGGAGAGCAGACGACGGUAACUCCGGUUCUAACAUUGGACCGGGUGGACAGGCACCAAGCGGGGGUGUACCAGUGCACUGCUAGCAACGGGGUUGGAGAGGACGUCUCCCAGCAAAUUGUCCUGCAUGUCCUUUCGACUCUGAUUGAUGGGAUCGCAUCGGGGGUUAUGCUUAGAAGACCUGCACCAGUACCAGAACCAGCUCCAGCCCAUUUGCAGUUAAUCGUAUCUAGUGAAGUGGAGUACGGGGCGAGGGUGGGCGUUCGGGUUGUACAUCUACACACCCCCUUUGCGAGCAGCGCUUCUGGUUCGGAGUGCACUGAAGUGAGUGAGGCAUCCCUCAUCAGUCCGAUAGUUCGUAGGAAUGCCAAACCCUUUGAGAAGCACUCGUUAUUAAAUCAAAACAUGGGGGUGGUCUCCUAUAUUGAAAUGAGCUGCUCCUACUUCGCGCAAAUCCUGCCAUCAAAGCAAGAAUCCAUAUUAUUUGUUGUUUCUAAUAUUAAAAUCAAUGGUUAA